ACCAGGGCAUGCUCUUCGAGUCAAUACAUCGCCUUCUCGGGGACUUGGUCUUGUGAUUCCUGUUCUGGUAGCGCGUCUGUGACCUCCAGAAUGAACUCUCAGUGCGGGUACGGCACCUCCUGUACGAUACAAGCCAGCAACACCUGGCUUGGUGGAGACCCAUGCUCAGGGUGUGGUAAAACACUGAUAUAUUCCUACAGCUGCUCAUCGAUUUGGGGAAAUUGGCAGUCAUGGUCGUCAUGUCCAGUUGAAUGCAUUACACAAACCUUACUGAGGAGAAGGCAGUGUCUAAGGCCUGUAGGGAGCUGCUGGGGGACUACUCCUACACAAACUGUACCUUGUCUCCUAGACGGAUGCACAUCAUCCACUGAAAUCAGCAAAAAUACACCAGACGACAGAACUUAUGUCAGUCUGACAUCCAGUUGUAUACUAGCCAAAGGGAGGACAUCUCUAACCUUCAGAGCCAGAGCAAACAAUGACAUACACAUUGCCAUCGGUACCGACGAUUGUGAUAACUGUGGUACACAUUAUGAAAUCAUUUUUGGGGGAUGGGCAAAUACCAUGUCUGUCAUCAGGUAUGUCAUAGGAGGUACAGAAUGUGCUUCAUAUUCCCAAUCUGUUUUGGAUCAAACCUUCUUCGACAGUUUCUGGAUUUCUUGGGAAGGGAAUUAUAUCCGAGCAGGCAAGGGCGGUACAGUCGGCAGCAACAUAAUCUUGAGUUGUACACGUUCCACUCCUUUUGAUGCUAAAUAUAUCUUCAUAAAGACAGGUUGGGGCUCAAGCGGUGAAUGGAGAUUUUUAAACGAUGUUGCGUGCACUCAUGAACUAAAUAGUAACGUGAACGUUCCCACAAGUGCUACAGGCUGUAAUGGAGUCAGCACUUACGCCUGUAACUCAGGAUACAAACAGGUUGCUGGGAACACACAACGUAGAUGUUACGGAAAGUUCUGGACGGGAUACCCACUUGUCUGUUCCGUCUCAACCUGCAAGAUUGACAUCCUGUUCAUUAUAGAGGCCUCCUCAUACACCUCUUCUAUUUAUUCAGAAUUAGUAUCGGUUAUUGGGGAUUUAGUGAGGACUAUGCAAAUUUCAACCACUAAUAUACAAGUUGGGGUGAUAUCCUAUGAUAAUGCUAUCGACCAGAAUUUCAAGUUUAACGUUUAUACUACAGCGGCAUCAUUGGACACCGCUAUUACGGCAUUAACAAUACCAAGCGCCUCUACUACAACUGACCUGGCUGAGGCAUUACGUGUUGCAUUUUACGAUUUUGUUAAAUUGUCAAAUGGAAACAGAUUUCAAGCAUAUAAAUAUUUUGUUAUUGUUGGUAAAUCAAGCCCUACACAUCCCGGUGCAGAUAUUGGAACCAGUAUACGACAGGUGGCAAAAAAUCAGGUUUUUGGAAUUGGUAUUUCCCCAACCACGACUUUAGCAAAUGAUCUUAAGUCCGCCGCUGGAAGCACUGCUCGAUACGUUGAGGCAACCUCCCCAGCAGACCUAGCUACAAAAUUCAACACCGUUCUCACAAAAAUCGCUGUCUGUCCAACGUCUGCUUUUCCUGGUCCUACGUCAGUAGCUUGCAAGCUUGACAUAGUUUUCAUCGUUGAAAAUUUUAACCUUCGCUUCAUAAAAAGAUUUGUGGCUGAGUUAGUCGAGGAUCUACCGAUUUCUUCAACUGGCGUCAGGGUAGGUUUUGUGGUAUUUGAUAGCGGAGCAAGAACAGAGUUUGGACUUACUGCUCAUACCAGCUCCGAGGCCGUCAAAAGGGCAAUUGAAGGAAUUUCAGAGACGUCUAGCAACACUCAUUAUGUAGAUAAGGGAUUAAUUCAUGCUCGUGACUAUGUCUUUACGGCUGCUGGUGGAGAUCGCGCGGAUGCUGUUAACUAUUAUGUCUUUAUCGUUGGGCCAUAUUACAGUGAUCCAAUCACAACAGCAAGGAUUAUUAGAAGCAGUGGGGACAAUAUCAUAUUUGGCGUUCAUAUUGGGACAAGUUACGCUACGACUUACAAGGAGACUGUUGGUUCCUGUGGGGAUAACUCCAAAUAUACAAAUAUAAAUUUUUAUAACAACUUAAUAAACAUUAAAAAUACAGUGAAAGGACAACUUACCACCUGUUAUCAGCCUCCAGUAUACACGCAAGCUUGUAAACUUGAUAUAGCCUUUAUCAUCGAUGAUACGAUCGCUGUUACCGCUACUCAGUUCACGGAAAUGAAAACUGCUCUUGAAGUUCUUGUCAGUAAAAUGCUUAUUGGUGAUAAUGCAAUAAGAAUAGGAGUAGUAACAUUCGGUGAUGGAGCUGUAACCGCCUUUCCGCUAAACCAGUACUCCAAUGCAUCUGACUUGAUCAGUGCCAUAAAUGCUCUUACACAAGGAAAUUCUACUUAUGAUAGAAAUCUUCGGUAUGUAGAAAAAGCCAUCACGUAUACGAUGUUGAGCUUCUUCACGCAAGGCAACGGAGACCGUGAUGAUUCAAUGAAUUAUUACGUCGUACUUACAUACGGGGGUACUUCUGGAUCUAAUUUUACAGAAUAUGGAAGAGCAGCGCUGCAUAAUUCCUCGAUGGAUAUUUUCAUUCUAGGUGUUAAUGUUCCUCCGAGCGAUGAAGCUGAUUAUCAGGGGGGUGUCAUCACAGGGAGAUACAUAGGGGGUACCAGUUUCGCCACCCAUCAGUGUGACAACAAUGUGUUCUCAACCAUCACCCAAUGUACACGACCAGCUGAUACCACUACUACUGAUACAACUAGUGCUACUAUUACUAGUACUGAUAAAACUGCCAUCACUACUGAUACUGCUGCUACCCCUAUUUCCACUACCGAUACUUCUACUAUUACAAAUGAUAUAUCCACUACUACUGUCAGUUCUACAACCGACACUAUUACUUCCACUGGACAAAAUGCAUCUUUCCCUACAACUUCAGUGAAUGGUACGUUUGAUGAGCAGACUCAAGGCUCUGAUGUGAAUAUGAACACCAUUGUCAUCAUCGUCGUCGUUGUUAUUGUAUCUCUGGUGAUAGGAACAGCUGUAUCUGUCCUAGUAUAUAAAAGAUUCAUCAGUCUAAAGAAUAAAGUCAGACAGAUUGCUGUUAGGCCACAAGCCCAACAAAACAGAUAAUUGAAUGCGAGUUUUCAUCUGAAUAAAGUCUUUUCUUUGUAAAUAAUUAUUGGAAGUGCUUUCAAUCAGACCUGCAGUAAUGAAUAUAAGUCGUCUAAGACCAUGAAAUUGAAAGUGUGAUUUAUCAAGAACAUGUAUAUGCUUAUCCGUAUCUUUAGUUGCAAAAUGGAUGACAAACUGUUUUAAUAAGUAGGUAUGAAACAUUUCGAUAUAAUCAAAACCUAUCUGGACUUCUAAAUUUUAUCAAUGAGGCAAAUAGUUAUAGUUUUGCACAUAGCAAAGGUUUACACAAACAAUACAAAAUAAAAACAAUAUACAUGCUUUUGUUUCUAUUGAGUUCUCAUACCAUUACUUAUAGUACUUAUUAAUUAGGAAGAGACUUUGUCAGGAGGAUUUAGUCUCAUAUUUUGUAUGGAUUGAAAGUAUUCUAUUGUUUACAAAGGGAUCGAUUAUAAACAUCAGUUUAUCGAUAUACGAGGGCUGUUUAAUGAGUAAUGCCCUGAACUAUUUUCCAUGAAAAAUAAGGGUCAGAUUAUGAUAAAAUAUGUUUUAACGCAUGAAUGGAUCUUUAGUCAACUGACAACCGGUUAUGUGAUCACGUUUUACAUAGUUUUAUAUAGUUUAAUUUUGAGAACCUAUAAAACAAAGGCUAUUCAAGACAGUGCAUGUAAAAAUACUAGUAAAUAAUUGUUGAAGAAGACUGAAGUAAGAAGCUUCAUAAAAGCUGCUGUUUUACUUGGUAAGCAUCCCACAGAAAUAUUUAGUGAAGUGCGUGAUGUUUAUGGAAAUCAAUGUUUGUCAUAUAGACAAAUUAAAAGGUGGAUAUCAAAAAUCAAAAAUUGUAAACUGGAGGUAAAAGUUUAGUCCCGUCCUGGUCGAACAAGAACAACAACAUCUGAUGCAAUGAUAGCUAAAAUUCAAAAACUUGUUACUGAUGAUGGUAGAUUGACUGUUAGACAAUUAGCUAAGUUAGUAGGCAUAUCUUCGGGCACAGUUUACGCAGUUUUGAAGAAACAAUUGGCCCUGAAAAAGCUUAGCGCGCGUUGGAUACCGCACGUUUGACAAAUGAACAAAAAGAACAAGGUGUAAGAAUAUCCAAACAAUUAUUGAAAAAAAAAACUAAAAACUGCAAUGAUCGACGUUUGUCAGAACUUCUAACGGGUGAUGAAACCUGGAUUCAUUACUUUGAACCCAAAGAAAAAUUAACAACAAAAUGUGAUUAUCAAAAAGAUCGAAGCGCCUAGGGAUAGCCAAAAUAUGCCAAAGCACUAAGAAAGUGUUAUAUGUAUUUUCUUCAACAGCAAAGGUCUUGUGGCUCAGAUUCCUAUUAGGAAAGGUCGUUCGAUAACUGGACGAGUCUACAAAGAAGAAGUUUACAAAAGGUUAAGAGUGUGUGAGAGGUAGCGACCAAAGUUUGGCAUCCGUCACAUCAAUCUCCUUCAUGACAACGGGCCAGCACACAUGUCACGUAUAGUAAAAGAGUUUUUAGAGAAGGAAAAGGUUAAUGUUUUAC